AUGUCGCAAGGACUGACAGAGGUGCUGACCAACGGAUUCAAUCUUAACGACUUUCCCUUUGGUCUACUGAACGCUAAACCCCUCAAAAAAUCCGAAAAUUCUCCGGUCUUAUCACCAGAAACUCGACAUUCUGCUCCUUCAACUCCUACGCCUGUUAGUUCUACGGGAUACAUGCAGCUCCCCUUUGUAGAAAAGUCAAUUCAACCUUCUGUCAACGGUAGUACAAAUAAUGUUAAGGAAAAACUCCUGGCUGCAUUGAGGGAAAUAAUCCCGCACAAGUCGAGUCUGAAUUUACGAAUGCUGAUCACCUACACCGUGGAUAAUGCCAGAUCCGAUGUGAUUGUGAUUGACGAGACCCUAAAUCGCAAAGAUUGUGAGUCUUUAGCACCGACAGGGAAUAUUCUUGAUCUUUCGCGGAAGUCGGAAGACUCCACGAAGCCCUUUAACAAGGAAAAUAAUGUGGGAUGCAUGAUAAAAAAUUCUGCGACACCCAUUUUAGGUCUCGUUUCUAACACAGCUACGCCGUUUAACAUCAUUCAACCCACGGACACCUCACCACCAGUGACGAUGAAUCCAGAAGCCGCACUUCUGAUGCUACAGACCCUGCUCAACAAUACCAGCACUAAUCUCUCUCAAUUCGGCUCGUUUAAUUUCUCCCUCCCCAUGAACUUAACACAUGUGCAACAAGCAGAAAUAAAAUCGCAGAUUUUCCCCAGUGAAAUCGCUCCAAACAUCACUAUCACCAAUUGUGAGAAUAUCCUAUCAAACCUUCAAUUUGGACCGAAAUUGGAGGCAUCAGUUCCUGCUACAAAUGAAAGUGGGAGCCGAAGUUCCUCUCCCCUCUCCAAUCACGAGAGAUCCUCACCUCUUGGAACUUUCAAACCGCUUCCGAAGUCCUCUGCUCAAUCCGUCUCAGGCACCUUCAGCCGGCGCUACAUGCACCCUCGGCGAUUUAUUUGCAACCAAUGCCGGCAACAAUUCUCCUCUUUGGCUGAACUGAAUCGGCACACAUUGGAAUUGCACAACUCUUUCCGGUGCAACUUCUGCAAGGCAAAGUUCACCCAGCGCUCCAACCUCCAGCGUCACUCCCUGAAGCAUGUCGGUUUUAAGCCCUUCACCUGCAAUAUCUGCCAGAAGGAGUACUAUCGAAAGGACCACCUGGUUAGGCACAUUGAAGUCACCCACCCCAAUGUUGAUCCCCGAGUAAAUAUCACCACUCGUCUAACCUCCUCAGAAUGCCUCGACUUUUUGGAUAAUCUGCACGUGUAUGGUAAUUCAGAGGGCUCUGUGGAAGAGACUAGCGGGUCGUCGCAAAACGAGACACUCGCUGGAUCGAAAUUCUCCCCCGUAAGGCUGGAGGAGAGUUCCAGACUGACGGAUGAAGGUCCUUCUGAAGGCCGUAUAAUCACCCUGGGAGCUGGAGAAGAAGGUGUUCCAGAGGUAGAGUCGCCUUCGAAAGCCUUAAUUGGGAAAAUCGAACAGUCUCAGCCAAUGGAAACGUAG